AUGUCGGCGCCACCAAAUCCCAAUCGACAUGGCCGAGGAACACCGCUCAGCGAGAGGGCGCAGUCGCACAACAACACGCUCGCCAUCCGCAUCGUCCCGUACACGCCGCCCCGGCUCGACUCCGAUGGGCGCACGCCGAGUCAGGCGUCCUCGCGCCCCAGUGCAGGCGAGCCGUGGUCUGGCGGCGGCUAUACUUAUGAUGGGCAUGGGCCAGGAGGCGGCUUCGCGGGAGAGGCCAGGAGAGGAGGCUGGCGUGGGGAUCCUGUUGAGGGUUAUGCUAGCGGACCGGGGUCCGCAUUGUCGUCACCUUCAGCCUCGGCCCUCUCAUUGGCCGGAGCCAAGGACCCAAGGGUUUCAGGCUCGAAACUCGCUACCAGCCCUUCAGACUCCCUCACCGCAGCCGUAGCAGUUGCCCCUGCUCUGAGGUCACCGUCCGAAGGCUCGACUCAUGGGACUCGGGGCACUGGCGUCAAUGCAUCAUCAUCGUCGCUCCACGGCUCCCGCCAUGGCGGGUCAUCCUCGCCAGUGCCAUUGUCCCCUGGGGCUGCACCCGCCCACGUCCCACGGCCCCUGUCGAGACGCGCGAACUUGGUUGCCGUCCACUCAGACAAGACCUUCUCUCUCGUCCGCCUCCGGCCGCAGUCCGACGUUUCUGGCAGCCUCGGCAGCCUCGGGUCCCCCCCGUUGUCGUAUUCUUCGAGAACGUCGAGCUCGCAUGAUCACCCGUCGAUUAGUGCCUGGAGCGACGACCGUGCCAGCUCCCCAUUGACGGGCAUCAGCGCCACUGGCCCUGACUACAGGCUUUCUGAGCUCCCGCCCUUGACCCCGUCCCCUGGCUCCUCAACUACCCACUUAGUUGAGGAUCCUAUAGCUGAGGAUCCUAUAGCUGAAUCGCCCUGGAACUACCGCAUGAUUGGUGGCUUGCGGAAAGUGCCAAAGACGCCCGACCUCAAGCACAGGAAACCGUUACACACCACAGCGCCCUCUGCGCCCGAAACGCCUCUCGCUCCACUGCCUGAAGUCACCGUUUACAGAGACGACGAACCAACGCCGUCGCGAACUGUAGUGCCCAAGGCCUCGUUUGCCUCUGCGGAGUCUGGUCAAACAGUUUCCACCUCGUCCGAGACAACAAACUACAAGGUCUUCGGACCCAGCUCCUCACCCCAGCACUCGAGCGACAGCCUCCCGCUCCCGUCGUCGAGUCACUCCAACUACGAGCUGCUGGGCGAGUCGUCGCCGGCAGCCCCCGCCGCCUUCAGCAGCAGCCCGCCGGCGAGGCCCUACAGUGACGACAACUACGUCGUGCACGGCGAUCCAUCCCCGUCGCCGUCCUCGCUGGUCGCUGUGCCCCGGAAGCCGCGUCCUACGUACUCGCAGGAAAGCCUCUUAGUCCCGCCCCUGAGGCCAGCCAAGAAGAAGUCGUAUGAGAGGAUAGGGUACUACAAGCAGCGGUCCCGUGAAAACCUCCGUGCCCGCGCUGGGUCCCUCCAAUCUCUCAAGAGCAUCUCGUCUAUCAUCACGACCCAGGACCCGUCGCAAGCCUUCUUUACGGCGCCGGUGCUGAUCAAUUUCGGGGCUUCUGUGUCCCGGCCUGGAAGAUCACGAGACGCCGACGCGCCACCGGCCCAGCAAUAUCCAUGGUCAACCCCGCAGACACCAGGAUCCUCGACGAGCCUCAACACCGCUCCGAGCACCAUCGCCCAGCGGCCUCCCGUUCAGAUGAUACAAGCACACCCUCACCAGUGGAGCUCCCAACUGUCGACGGUCGUGUCCGAGAGCGAGGGCGAAGGUGACAGUGAGGUCGGCCCGACGCGGUCCGUGUCGCCCGAGACAUCUAGUGGCAACGGACACCGGCGGCGCAGCAGCAAUGGCUGGGCAAGCUCCCUUCACAGCCGACAGAUGCAGAGCAUUUCGUCUUCUCUAGCUGCGCAGCUUGAGGAAGCCGCCUCCGGCAGCGACUCGAUCGACCGGCCACAGCCCACAUACGCAAGGGCUGGGCCGUCACAACCCCUGACGGUGCGGGACCAGGACGAGCAUGGCGAUGGGCUGGCCGAUUUGCAGCAGCAACCGUCGAGGUCUGGCCUCUCGGCAUUCUUUUCGAGCAGCAACAGCUCCAGUCGAAACUUGCAUUCCAGUUCGAGCUCGCGGGCCAACAGCCUAACUGGGUCAAUCCCAGCCUGGGCAAAGGUUUACUACGGUUCAGGCGAGCGCCGUUUCCUCAGCGCUCCGUCAAUAUCGUCCCCGUCCGAGGCUGGGGACAGCCGUCCGGGCAGCUCGGCGUUUCAGAAUAGUGAUUCACCAAACACAGAUCACUUCCCCCUGCCAAUUCGCAACUCGCGCCGUCGGGCCCGGGAAGUGCGACAGAACCAGGAGCAGCGUCCAUUUUCAGACUCGGGCUCGAUGGAAAUCGGCCCUGCGCCGUCGGGCCAGGACUACAACGUGUUCCGAUCUCUGAAGCGGAAGACAUCCAGCAUCUGGUCUCCCCACCUCCGGAUGGACCGCCGAGCGACCCGGUACAGCGUAUGGGAUCCGCCGAGUGUGACUUGGUCGGCCGAUACCGGCAUUCUAGGCAAGAGGAACGCCCAGGUGUUGUUGUUUACUUUGGGCUUCAUUUUUCCUUUUGCCUGGAUAAUUGCGGCCCUCUUGCCAUUACCGCCUAACCCCAAGUUUGAAAUGCUCGAGGAGGGCGACAGCAGCAACAGCCGGUUCCGACGAGUGCAGGGUGAGUUUGCGUACCAGGCCCAAAUUAUUGACGGCGCGAGGUAUGAGAGCGCCCGCUGGUGGCGCAAUCUCAACCGCAUGAUGUCCAUCCUAGGCCUUCUCAUCAUUGGCGCUAUUAUAGCCCUUGUGGUGGUUGGGGCGAAGCAAGGCUGGAUUAUCCGGACCUCGAAAUGA